AUGACGGGAACAAGCAAAGAAAAGCAUAUCAAUCCGAAGAGAAUAAACGGGAAGCACAUUAAACAUAGUCCUAAUACUGUACCGUUACUGAAAAUUGAACAUGAAACUACAUUUUUGGUGAAGUCUUCAACACCAUAUAUAUCAGCAUUAAAGAGAAUUCAAAAGAUCCUUGCGAAAUUCGAUAAAUCAGUUCUUCCUAAUAAAAAGUAUCAAAACGUUGAAUACAAGAAGGUUAAAUACAUCACUGUGAAGGGUAUGGGUAAGGCUAUAGAAAAUACCCUAUCUAUUGCAUUGAAAUUUCAAGAUGAGCUAAAUUAUAAAGUUGAUAUACUAACGGGUAGUGUCGAAGUAUUAGAUGAAUUCCAGAUAGGUACAAAUGGAGAUGACAGUGAUAACGAUUAUAAUGACGAAACCCUCUUUAAGAAACGUAUGGUAAGCUACAUUGAGACUAGAAUAUGGCUCAAGCGAGAAUAA